UGAAAGCAAGAGACGGAGGUUUAAAUGAAAAUUGACGCCCACCUGACCUGACGGCUGACGCACGUUACCCUGAACUUCGUUAUCAAAUCUUUAAAAUCGGCCGCCUCCUUCGCUGUCCAUUCCCGCCUACGUCUCUCUCUACAAUUUUAUUUCCACUCUUUCCGUUUCUCAUUCUCGUUUUCCAUUCCCUUCUCCCAUCAUCACCACCCUCUUUUCGCUUCUGUUUUCCUUCCUUUAUCCCUCCUUCGAUUCUCUUUACGUUGUGACUUGUUUCAGUUCUUCGAAUUUGAUCGAGCGAGCCAAGAUUAAGGAACCAGUGUGACACGAUUGAGAAAGAGAGGGAAUAAAUUGAAAGGCAAUGUUGAAGUUCCUUGAUGAUUCACAGAACCCAGAUUCUAAGCCAAAUGAGAAGGACGUUCUGAGUUGUGCCCAAGAUUUGAGUAGAUUGUCAUUCCCUAAACGUUUUGAUCAAAUUAGUGGUGAAGUAGUGACGGACAGUGUUCAACAGCUUUCCUUUGGUCCUGUCCAUGAAGAAGUUAAUGGCUUAUCGACAUUCCAACCUCCUCUUUCACGACCACCUAAUUGUCUGAUGAGAAAAAAGCUUCUCGUUCUUGAUAUAAAUGGUGUGCUUGUCGAUAUAGUAUCUCCUCCCCCCAAGGAACGGAAAGCAGACAUUAGUAUUGCUCGACAUGCAGUUUUCAGAAGACCUUUUUAUUUAGAUUUCAUGAAGUUCUGCUUUGAGAGAUUUGAAAUUGGCAUAUGGUCAUCAAGAAACAGGAAGAAUGUAUCAAGAAUGGUUGAUUAUUUGUUGGGAGACAUGAAGCACAAAUUAUUAUUUUGUUGGGAUCUAUCACACUGUGCUGCUUCAAAAUUUAAGACUCUCGAAAACAAGCACAAACGUGUGGUUUUCAAGCAACUAAGGAGACUUUGGGAGAAGCAGGACCCAAAUCUUCCGUGGAAAGAGGGAGAGUAUAAUGAAUCGAAUACAUUGUUGCUGGACGAUUCUCCAUACAAAUCGUUGCUUAAUCCUGCACACUCUGCAGUUUUUCCAUAUUCCUACACGUUUCUGGAUGAAGCAAAAGAUACUUCACUUGGUACAAGUGGGGAUCUUAGAAUUUAUUUAGAAGGCUUGGCUGAAGCUGAAAACGUACAGAAGUAUGUGGGACAAAACCCAUUUGGUCAAAGUCCUAUAUCAGAAGGAAGUGCAUCUUGGGACUUCUAUCACAUGGUUUUGGAUAAUUAUCACUCCUUUCCAUCAACUAUUUGAUUUCUUUUCUCCAUACUUUGUUUUGGGUAGCAUGUCCUAUACAAAAAUAAAGUUAGAAUUUAGUCAAUAUGAUUUGAUAAAAUUCUCAUAAAUUAUCUUACAAACUAUUUAUAAAAAAUUUAUUAUUUAUGAGAAUUUUAUCAAACUAUAGACUAAUUAUGGAGUUUUAUCAAACCAUAAGCCGAAAUUCUAACUUUUAAAACUUACUCUUGUAUAAAAAGAAGUUAUAACUUUUAAAAUGAUAGGAUAACCAUAGGGACCAAAAUGUGAAACUAAUCCUUUUCUUUUUUUGUUUGUAAUUGUUAAUUUGAAAGUGUGUAAGAUGUGAAGCAACGUUGUAUUAAGUAAAUGAUGGAUUAUAUAAUCUUUUACUACGAAAGUAAAAGAAAGUUCAUAUUCUUGCAAUUGCAGUAUGUCUUAAAA